UUUGGACCGAAUAACACCAAAUUAAAUAUAACAUUAUCGAUCAUUAGUUUCAUGUAUUUUAUAAACUGAAGAAAAUGAAUCGAAUUGACAUUUGAACAAAACCGACCAACCGAAAUGCAAAGUGAAGUCAAGCCUACUCUUCAAAGGCCAGCCGAAAUGCAUCAAAUCAGCUUCAACCUCGAUGCCACCACGUAACCUUCUUUGAUCGCACCCAGGUUCCACUGCUUUUCAUAAUCUAGUCAAACGCAAAAUGUUGACAACGUCGACGUUCAUGGAGAUGGAAUCCAGGGUGGCACCAAGCAUAUCCAGGGGUCAUCCGGCUCCAACACGGAUCGAAAGAAAGCCUGAACGGUAACGUAAAAGACCCUUCAAGAGCUGAACCCGGCCAGAACCGAUCAUCCUCAUGAAGAACCUUAUUUUUCUUCACCCUACUUGCAAAAACUGUAUUAUUGGGAGUUUCCAGCUGUAAGUGUGAAACUAAUUAGGUUGUCACCUGAUAAAUACAAAAUCAAAUAGGUUCUUAUUGCUGCACUAUGUAAUGAGAACGGAGAAAACUCACACCAGCUAAGAAAAAGGUCCAAACAAGUGGGGGCAUAGAGGUCACGUAACAGCAGUAGCGUGAAUUAGAAUAACUGAAUAGGUGAAUGAAUAAUAAACACGUACGGAUACGACAUACAGAGCAGGCAGCAAAACUCCUAGUGCAAGCUAAGCUUGUUUUCCUUAAUAUGCCAUUUAAAACACUAUCCUAAGCUGCAAUUUUCUUUUUCUCCACAUAUUCUGGGAUUCUCUCAUAUUUCUUUUUCUGGCCAGGUACCCAUCUGCACUUUUGCCUUCCUACCUUGUAGAUUUUCCGACCUUUUUAGCUACAGAUCCUGAGGCGUAUCCAACAUAGGUAAUCUAACUACCCCUCCCAACUCUAACUUUCGAUUAAGUCCCAUGAACAGUAAAAAGGCCAAGUUAGACACAAAGUGCUAAAGGGAAGAAAACAUGCACCUCGCCUUAGGCUAUAUGCUUAUCUUUCUAAUCUAGUUUAAUCUUAUACUAGUAUUAACUACUAAGCAUCCCCUAAAGCCUUCAGAUUUGAACUCUGCAACAUACAACAGAACAUUUUCUCUCAUAUACUUUUCCCUUCCUUUUGCUGCACCUUUGUCUUGCUUGCUGAACCUUUCCUCAUUUCUCAAGUUUUCUGGUAUUCUCUUCCCCCUCCCUCCAAAUUCUCCUCCUUUUCAUCUAUUAUCUACCAUCCAAGGAAGCUCUGAUUCUUUUCUCAGUUUUAUUGUACAUAACAUAUGCAAGCAUGAUAUUUAAGCUCUUCUUCGCCUCAACGCCAUUGGCCCUUCUCCUAACUUCUUCAUCAUUCUUCUUGUUAACUAACAAGGAUAUCAGAAACUCACCUCAAAGAAAGCAGCAGGUCUGCCACAUGGGGUUUUGGCUUGUUCAAUCUUCUGUCAUCACUCUGCUGUAUCUGCUCCUAAUGUCAGGUGGGAGAUACUUUCAUCCACCACUGGGUUUAAAUGUUUCUGGUUCCUGACAUCAUCCAUAAUCAAAUUUGCAUAUGUCAGAUUAUAGGAAAUCAUAGGUCAGAUUUCUUUUCUUUCAUUUAUUGAAAAGGAAGAGUUGGAACUUAUCUUGAUUCUUGGUUUUCUCAGGAUCUAGUGUUGCAGAGCCGCCACCCCUAGAAGCAAUCGAGGAAACCGACCUACUAGAGAAUCAAGAAUACCAGCACCAACUGUUCCCAUCCUCUUCCCUGUCCACCAGCCAUCUAGACUCAACUGGAGGGGAUGUUCCUAUCGUCAACCCAACAAGUCCAGGAACAGGAGGAGGCGGAGUUGGCGUUCCCAUCGUCAACCCAACAAGUCCUGGUACGACGCCAUAUGGUAAUCCCACCGACUCUCCGCCAACAACGCCCUUUGGCAAUCCUACAGACUCACCUCCAACACCAACUACGAUCCCCACCACAACGCCUCCAGCCCCUCCUAUGUCAGGAAACCAGCAACCCACAGCUCCAACAGGACCAGGAGGUGGUGGUGGUGGAGGAGGAGGAGGAGGAGGAGGAGGGGGGGCAGUGGUGUAUAGCGAGCCCGUCUGCUUCAGAAACUGCAUUGCAGGUGGCACUUGAUUAUGCUUGCGGUUAUGGAGGAGCAGAUUGCUCGGCGAUUCAGUCGGGAGCGAGUUGUUACAACCCAAACACUCUCAGAGAUCAUGCUUCUUAUGCCUUUAAUGACUACUACCAGAAGAAUCCAUCUCCUACCAGCUGCGCUUUUGGUGGAGCUGCACAACUCACUAGCACUGACCCAAGUAACGGGAGCUGUCGCUUUUCAUCAUCCAAGGGCCAGCCCAGCAUGAGUCCUCCAGCAUAUCCACCGCCAACAUUUAUGCCCCCAACUACUAUGAGUCCGCCAACAAUGACGAUGCCUGGUACUGGAGGGCCACCAGCAGGGUUCGGAGGGCCACCAGGAGGAUUCGGUGGGCCACCAACAACAUUCGGUGUAGCAGAGCCAACAGGUCUUCCCAGCACUGCAACCUCCUUUCCAUCAAACCUAUUGAUCCACUUUUCAGUAACUGGCAUUCUUGGGUCUUUCAUCCUCACAAACCAUCUGUGAAAGCUUCAAGAAGUCUCUGAAUACUCCCACCUUCGGUUGGCAUUUUAUUUGCCUGUGAUGGUUCAUCAAAUUUGGAAGCAAAGCAAGGAAGAAACAAGAAAACCAGGAUUCAUCGCCUGGAAAUUAUUUAUAAUGUCUCCAAUCUAAGAUUGUUAGUCAAUGACAGGAAAGAAGGGAGAUUAUGAGGAAAGCAAUAGAACAUUGUAGCUACUUAUACUUAUAGACAAAGAGCUCCUAGUGAUAGAAUAAUAAAAUUUAUCCAAGCUCGGAUGUUUAGAAUUGCUUGUCAUUAGCUAGACCAAUAGUAGAUAUGUGAAAGACAGCUGAAAAAUUCAAAAACAUAAUCGUUCUGUAGUGCGCUCAAGAUACUUGGACAUAA